AUGAGUGGAGACGAGAACCCAGCCAGCAAGCCCACGCCGGUACAGGACGUGCAGGGCGACGGGCGCUGGAUGUCCCUGCACCAUCGGUUCGUAGCCGACAGCAAAGAUAAGGAACCCGAAGUCGUCUUCAUCGGUGACUCCUUGGUCCAGCUGAUGCACCAGUGCGAGAUCUGGCGGGAGCUCUUUUCCCCUCUGCACGCACUUAACUUUGGCAUCGGCGGUGACAGCACACAGCAUGUACUGUGGCGUCUGGAGAAUGGGGAGCUGGAACACAUCCGGCCCAAGAUUGUGGUGGUCUGGGUGGGUACCAACAACCACGGGCACACCGCAGAGCAGGUGACUGGGGGCAUCAAGGCCAUAGUGCAACUGGUGAACGAGCGGCAGCCCCAGGCGCGGGUCGUGGUGCUGGGCCUGCUUCCUCGGGGCCAGCACCCCAACCCACUUCGAGAGAAAAACCGACGGGUGAAUGAGCUGGUACGGGCAGCACUGGCCGGCCACCCUCGGGCCCACUUCCUGGACGCAGACCCUGGUUUUGUGCACUCAGAUGGCACCAUCAGCCACCAUGACAUGUACGAUUACCUGCACCUGAGCCGUCUGGGGUACACACCUGUUUGCCGGGCCUUGCACUCCUUGCUUCUGCGUCUGCUAACCCAAGACCAGGGACAGGGUGGUGCACCCCUGCCAGAACCCAGCCCCUAA